UUGGUUCAAGCGACGUAUGCCAAGCCUGCCAGGCUUGUGCGCUGAGCGUUCUCGGGAUCGUGACGUGUUGCGGGUGCUUCUUCCUAGAGGCAAGAUAUAAGAACCAUGACCGAACGCAUCAAACGCAUGGUCGCUGUCGCCUUCGUCGUGGCUUCGGUGCCCGUCUUUCUGUUGCACGGGAAGUUCAUGAAUACGAUCACCAGCGAGCCAGAGACGUUCCCGAGCCAGGAGGCGGACAAGAUGGCCAAGGAGCUGCACGCGCUGCGCCAGAGGAUGUCCCACCUCACCGCGGCGAGCGCGAGCAGCGGCCAGAGCCGCAGGCUCGCCCUCGACGCCGGCGCCCACGAGCCGCGACGGGCCCCGCCCGCGGAGCCGCCGGAGCAGCCGCGCGCCGGCGGCCCGGGCGCCGGGGACGCCCCGCCGCGCGGCCUGAGCAGCAGCGCGCCGACCCUGCAGCGCAGGGCGGUGUUCACGCGCCCCCAGCUGCCUUUCGGCUGGGACGCUGCCAACAACGAUGGCGCCCUCCUGUACGGCGUGGAGUACGAGAACACCGGCGCCAUCGACCUGAACCACGACCACGACGCUGCCUGCGCCGUCUGCCAGUGGCAGAGAGGCGGAUCGAUUUACGUCGAGUGGGGGAACGGCGAAUCGCGCCACAACCCGUCGACGCCCAAGACGUGUGGGAACCCAGCGCACGAGAUGAUUUAUACUGGUCUCAUCAUGAGCGAAAGAUACACCCAUUGGAAAGGUGAGAGUAUUUGCGUGGAUCUCGAGCGUGCCUACCAUGGCGAAUCAAGUGUCUCGGAUGAUAACCACAACGGAGGUCUUCUGUACACGACGGAAAUGGAGCUGGGCUCAGCAGACGAAUAUGCUUAUCCUCAUAAUCGCGAGUUGGGCUGCACAGUAUGUGGCAUUCCAGCCAAAAACGUGGACCCCGAUGGAGUGGUGACUAUCACGCCGGAGUCGGAGACCACUGUAUUCACUGUGUGGGGUAAGAGGCAGUGCCCAUUCACGGCGGAGCUCGUGUACGAGGGCUUCAUGGCAGGGGCCCACCACAACCAUGGCGGCUCCGGCGCAAACUUCAUCUGCAUGACCACGAGCAACCCGAACCCCCCGAGCGGGUACAGCGACGGGAACCAGGACGGGAGCCUGCUGUACGGGACGGAGUACCAGAACACGGGGGCGCUCGACGCCAACCACGACGGGGACGCGGCGUGCGCGGUGUGCCGCAAGCGCUCGAAGCACCGGGACGUCUUCGUGCAGUGGGGGCGCAGCACCUCGUGCAGCAACAGCCUCCCCACGGUCUACAAGGGCUAUAUCAUGGCCAAUCAUUACACUCAGCACAGGAGCACUCGCGUGUGCGUGGACACCGCCCGUGAGACGCACGCGCAGUCCAGCUGGCACGACAACAACGGGGCCCUCCUGUACACUACCGAGUUUGAGGUGCCCGUCUCGGGGGUGUCCGCGAACCACGAGGUGGGUUGCUCGGCGUGCGCUGGAAAUGUUGGCAAGUCGGUGUUCACCAGGUGGGGCUCUCGCGGGUGCCCCACUGGCAGCGCGAAGCUGUAUGAGGGGACCAUGAUGUCUGAGCACUACAGCCACCGGGGUGGAGGGGCGAACACCAUUUGCAUGCACCCACAAGUUCAGAUCCCAAGUGGCUCUUCAUCGGGCAACCAGAAUGGCGCUCUGUUGUACAACAUGGAGUACGAGAACACUGGAGCAAUUGACGCCAACCAUGACCACGAGGCUGCAUGUGUUGUCUGCGAACUGGACCAUUGGGAGUCAGUUUACACGCAGUGGGGGCGGAGCACGACAUGCACGAACAACCACAUCACAUUGUAUACCGGCUUCAUCAUGGCUGAGAGAUAUACCCAUCACAAAGGAGAGUUCAUAUGUGUCGAUUCCGAGAGGAAGGUAACACCGAACUCAAAUGGUGGCAACCAUAAUGGAGGUCUCCUCUACACCACUGAGAUGGAGCAGGGUGCCUCGGACGAGGAGAAGUACCCCCACAACGUUGAGGUUGGUUGCUCCGUGUGCGUGGCGCAGGCUCAAUCGCAGGAGGUGCCUUUCGUGAGGCAGACUUACAUCGGAUCGGAUGGAGAGACCUACUACCGCAAUGCCAUCCACGGCGAAUGGGUGAAGAUCGCUUCGAUGAACAUUGGCCAGGACGUGACGGUCAGCUACGGGUACACAAGUUCUUCGGGCACUUCGAGUUCCGAGGCAGAGACGCAGUCGUCCGCGCAGUCGAGGGCCGUUGACGCGUCAAUGUGCACUUCGGCCUCGUUCGAGGUUUCCGCGAGUAUCAAGGUUAAGACACCGGCAGCUUCAGUUGGGUAUAAGUUCGCAUCAUCUUGGGGGAGCAGUGCAUGCAGCAGCGAGACAGAUGCGGAGUCCUCGAGCGUCGCACGGGCUACGACCCAAGGGACAUCGUGGGACCAGUCCGUCACCGAGACUCGGUCGUUCUCGCUAUCGAUCCCGAGCCAGCUCCCCGCGGGGGUGCCUGAGGCUGAAGCAAUCUCGACGCGGGGAGUUGACGUUUGGCAGUGGCAGUGGAACAUCAUCGAAGCUGCGCACGAGGGCGUCGGGGAGAAAGCGUUCGAAGCGAAGGCCCAAAGCCGAUUCCUCUUCGCCCCAGUGCCAGCGGGCACCUCAGAGCGGCGGCCCUGCUGCUACCCCGGACAGGAGUACGGCAUCCUCUGGUACCCGUUCAACUGCAGGACGUCGGCGGGCCUGCUGCCUGGUGCCGAGCACGCCGCCCACUGUGGGGUCGGCCCGCCCGGAGUGCAUGGGGCCGAGGAGUGGUCCCAGCAGGAGGUCGUCGAGUGGUUGGGCACCCUCGGCCUCUCGUCGGAGUAUACCAUCGCAUACCCAGACACGUGGUGUGCGGACGGGACGCUUUACGACGCCUGGCACGUGCACACGACUGCACAGAGUUGUUCAGAGAAGUGCACCGAGAAUGACGCCUGUCAGUUCUUCCUGUGGGGCGUGUCGAGUGGCUCCUACAGGUGCGCCACAUUCGGCACUUGCAAUACCCAACACACCUACAACGAUGGUGAUCCCAACGUGUACCAGAAGCAACAGUGGUACAACGACGUGGCUGCGGCCAAGAAGCUGGACGGGAAGGCGAUCGCAUCCCUGUUGCGUAUUAUCGACGAGUCCCCGUCUUCGUUCAAUGCAGUGAUGAACGUAUUCGGAGUCGCGCCUGAGGGCGCUACAGGUGACGCGCUCAAGAUCAUGAGAGGCCUCGUUGAGCUUAGAGCUUCCCGGUAG